AGCGAUCAAGGGGCGGCAAUCCCAGGCGAAGCCAAGGAUCUGCAGCUUUUCCUGGCGAAGCAGGACGGAGGUGCGUGGAUGAACCUGCACGCAGCGGAAGCUGUGCGCCUCGACGAUGAUGGAAACCUACGAGGUUUCGAGCCAAUGAAUCCCGAUCUGCGCCUCAACAGUGGCAAGCACUUUGGA